GCCAGUCGCCACUGCCGCCGUAGCUCCAGUGGUCACUUGCCGCCACUUUGGCUACCGCGCUCAGUCGCCGCCGCUACGGGCGUUCCACAAAGAAAUGUGGAGGUAGCCGGCCGGCGGUGGGGGAAGCUCCAGUUCGGGCCGAGUGAAGACCUUGCUAACCCGGGCCCCAGAGCUCAAACUGCCAAGUAUGAAAUCAGCUGUACAGUGAUUGAUGAAGACUAAACAACUAACCAUCCUGCAUCAUUGCCAGAUUUGGCGACACUAAGAUUCAACUCGAUGUCUCUUUCCUCUCAGCAUUAUUUUUCGUUUUUUUCUGAGGACCGAAAUAUCCAUUGCUGAGAUGGUAUCUUUUUCUGGAACUUGCUUGUUCAUUCUCCUGCUGGCUUGUAUCAUAUUUCAAUGUGAUGCGCAGGAAAAGAAUUACACCAUAAGAGAAGAGUUGCCAGAAAAUGUUCUGAUAGGUGACCUAGUGAAAGAUCUCGGUCUGACGUUCUCGCCAGAGAAGAAGCUUUCAACUCCCUUGCAGUUUAAGUUAGUGUACAAGAGUAGGGAUCUGCCAUUGGUGAGGGUAGAAGAGACAACUGGUGAGAUCUAUACUACCGGUGUACGUAUAGAUCGUGAAAAAUUAUGCUCUGGUGUAUUCGGUGAAACUCACUGUUUUUAUGAAGUAGAAGUAGCUGUUUUGCCAGAUGAAAUCUUUAAACUGGUCAAGGUCCGUUUCCUGAUCGAAGAUGUCAAUGAUAAUGCACCACUGUUUCCUGCAACGGUCAUCAACAUUUCGAUUCCUGAGAACACUGCUAUCAAUUCCCGAUAUCCAAUACCUUCAGCCUUUGAUCCUGAUGUUGGCAUUAAUGGAAUUCAACAAUACCAUCUGAUUAAGGGUUUAGAUGUUUUUGGGCUUGAUGUCAUUGAAACACCUGAGGGAGAAAAAUGGCCCCAACUAAUUGUCCAAAAGAUGCUGGAUCGGGAGGAGAAAGACAUGUAUGUGAUGAAAUUGAAAGUCGAAGAUGGUGGGUCACCUACAAGGUCCAGCACAGCCAUUUUGCAAGUUUCUGUGAUUGACAUGAAUGACAACCGUCCCAUCUUUCAGGAGACAGAGGUUGAAGUUGCCAUCCCUGAAAAUGCUCCUGUGGGCUCUUCAGUCUAUCAGCUCCAUGCCACUGAUGCUGAUGUGGGUGCAAAUGCACGGAUCCAAUACUUCUUCAGCAAUCUGAUGAACCAGGUUGCUAGAAAGCUUUUCAGUCUCAACAAUACCACUGGCCUCAUUACUGUCAAGGAGCCCUUGGACAGGGAGCAGGCACCUAUUCAUAAGUUGAUGGUUGUAGCAACCGAUGGAGGUCCAAUGCCAGCUAGGGCCAUGGUAAUAGUCAAUGUCACCGAUGUCAACGACAACCCCCCAAUAAUUGACGUCAGAUACAUCAUCGAUACGACCAACGGGACUGUAUUUUUGUCAGAAAAUGCUGCACUCAACACUAAAAUUGCCCUAAUUACACUAAUAGACAAAGAUGCUGACCGUAAUGGUAGAGUGACCUGUUUCACAGAGUAUGAUGUUCCUUUCAGAUUAAGGCCAGUUUUUGAAAAUCAAUUCCUGAUGGAGACUUCCUCUUUCCUAGACUAUGAGACUACAAAAGAAUAUGAAGUAAAAUUGAUGGCUUCAGAUGCUGGCAAACCUCCUUUGAAUUAUACGACUUCUGUUUUUGUCAAAGUCAAAGAUGAAAAUGACAAUGCACCCAUCUUCCGCCAGUCCAGCAUAGGGAUUUCUGUCCCAGAGAACAAUGCUCCUGGUGCUCAGCUGACAAAAAUUAGCGCAACUGAUGCAGACACUGGAAAGAAUGGAGAGAUCACUUACCUGUUAGCUGGUGAACCUCCCUCUGCUUUCAGCCUGGAUAAUCGUACAGGCAUUCUGUCAGCAGUGGAACAACUGGAUAGAGAAACGAAAGAUAAAUAUACCUUCACAGUCACUGCAAGGGACAAUGGGGUGCCUCACCUGCAGUCCAAUGCUACAGUGACUGUAACAGUCCUUGAUCAAAAUGACAACAGCCCUACUUUCACCCACAGUGAAUACAACUUCUAUGUCCCAGAAAACCUGCCCAAACAUGGCACAGUGGGACUCAUCACCAUAACUGAUCCUGACGCUGGAGAAAAUGGAGUUAUCACUCUCACCAUUCUAAAUAACAAUGGUAGCUUCAUCAUUGAUUCAAUCCACGGAGUCAUCCGACCCAAUAUAUCUUUUGAUAGAGAGAAACAAGAGUCUUACAGUUUCAUAGUAAUGGCCACAGAUGGAGGCAAGGUGCCACGCUCUUCAUCUGCCAAGGUGACCAUCAACGUAGUAGAUAUUAAUGACAACAAACCAGUUUUCAUCUUGCCUCCUACCAACUACACUUUCGAGUUUGUUCCAUUAGCUACUGAAAUUGGCACACUUUUGUACGUAGUAAUGGCUAUUGAUGAGGACACUGGCAUGAAUGCUGAAAUCCGUUACCAUAUCGAAGGGGGAAACAAAAAGAAAUUGUUUCAAAUGGAAGGAGCAUCAGGGAACAUAACCCUGAAAUCUAGAUUUAUUCCUGCAGACCAAGGUUUACACAAGCUGUUGAUCAAAGCUAGGGACUUAGGACAACCUGACUCUAUGAAUAGCAAAAUACUCUUAAACCUAUUUGUGAACGAUACUCUGUACAAUUCUACUUUCGUCGAUGAACUGCUACGCAGAAAUCGGGGAAGAUCAGUGACCCAUAAAGUUCGAAAGACUGAUGUUGCAAGCCCUUCAAGCAGCGAAUAUAUCAAGUACAUCAUUGCCAUCAUUUCUGGUUCCAUGACUGCCGUCCUGACCAUCGUUAUUGCUGCUCUUCUACGAUGCCGCCGUUUCCCGCGCCUCAAAGGGGCAAGAAAGCAGAAUUCAGAAUGGGUUACUCCAAAUCCAGAAAACAGCGAGGCAAUAACAAUUAGUACAAGCAACAAUAGUGGCCCUAAUAAUGUCAUCCUUAACCUCGUCUCCUUUGCCGAAUCUGGGAAUGAGGAGCUAGAAAAUGAGGAGGAGGAGGUCACUACCUCCUUAGAUGUUGUCAUUGAUAUUGAAGAAGACACCAUGGCGAAGUACAACUGGGGUACCCAUUCUUCUACUUUUAAGCCUGAUGGUCCUGAUUUGGCCCAACACUACAAAGCUACAUCUCCUCAGCCAACCUUCCAUAUUGAGCCUGAGACUCCCAUGCAUUCAAAGCACCAUGGCAUCCAGGUGCUGCCCGUGGACAACACUUUUGUGCUGUCCUGUGACUCUCUUUCCAAAUGUUCCUCUAGCGGCUCAGAUCCAUACAGCAUUUCUGACUGUAGCUGUCAAGGAACCAUCAAGACUACAGCCACCAUUCAUCCCCGACAGGCUGCAAAUGAGCUGGGGAUAACUGACUCUGCUUUAAAGGAUCCAAAUGUGAUCACUAUCCGGACUUACCCUAUGCAUUUGAUGCCUGCUGCUAGACCUCGCACUCCGCUGAGAGAGCCGGCUAUUCAGGAGACCCCUGUGGACCUCUGGAUUCCUUCUCAGAGGAAACUAGAGCCGAAGAAACCAGGAAAGGCUCAGCGUCGUGUCACUUUCCACCUUCCAGAAAGCUUCCACGAGAACAACAGUCACAAUGUACCUUUUGAGGCAGAAGCCGGUGCCACUGCUAGUGCCAGGCCUGGCUAUGCCCGGAGAGAAUAUCCUGAACGCACAACUACUACACACAGCAACCGUACCGAAGGAGACGGUAACUCUGACCCUGAAACUGCUUGCAUUAGUGGACUCAAGAAAGCUUCAGAGAUAACCGUCCAGCCAACUCUUGAAGAAGCCUCUGACAACUGUACCCAAGAAUGUCUUAUCCUUGGUCAUUCUGACUCCUGCUGGAUGCCUGCUGCUGUGCCCCAGUACCAGCAGCCUCGUUCUCCCGAACCUGUCGUAACCCGCCACAGUUCUCCUGCUUCACAUCUGAUCACUACUACUGCCAUGUGUCAUAAUCCUCCAGAGCCCCAGGCUGCAGCUAUUUGCACCACUCCGCCCCGGGCACUGAGCCAAGAGCUGGGGCUUGGUGCUAGGUUUGAAGCAAGGGAUGCUCAAGGAAGAGUUGUUGUACAGGAUGACUCUAAUCUGGCACGAAGAUGCAGUCCCAGAGCCCUGUUCUGCACAGCUGAACAUGAUGACUCCAUCAGAGUUAUUCCCAUGACGACCUUCACUCCUGGCCAGCCUUCGCGGGGCUCUCCCAAUACUGAAGAGGAUCCCAUGUAAGGCUCAUCAGCUAACUAAACUAGCUGCUUCAGGAGUCAGUGUAUAUAAUCAAACAACCGGACUACAUGCAUAUUAAAAACUGCUACGCUUGUAUAUAUGUAAAUAGAAACCAAAACUGGAAUCAAUUUCAAGAGCUAGAACUAGAUCCCUAGUUUCACCUGUAAAAAAAGUCAAGUUUGAAUCCCAUAUGGAGAAAGAAAAAGCCAAGAUUAAUCUUUUACGGGAGAAAAAGGGCAAUUAUUACGGAUGAAAGCUAUGUGGUCUCUGCUAUCUCUGAAUGCAACUGAACACUGUACCAACAUCACUGCCUUUGUGUGAAUUAUACCAACUUUUUCACACGCUGUUCAAAAUCAAUACAAAUGAUACCACAAAGCCUCCAUUUGCCCUUAAUGCACCACUGCUUGGUGGAUACUUAAUGUUAGAAUGCAUUGCACUCUGCCAAAAGAGGCUACCGGAUUUCCAAAGGGACUUUUUUCUUUUCAGAUUUACUUUCCUAGUUUAACGUAAGCGAUAUCAAGACUCAUCGCCUCUGUCGUUGUUUAGCCAUUCUUCCAUUACUAAUCAGGUUUUUUCUUUCCCAAGUUCAUAUUGGUUAAUGUCCCUGGAAAUUGAACGUAAGAGGACUCACGAAGCCGAAUAGAUUUGGUGGCUGAUUCAGGGCUGUGGCUGUAAACUACUGUCGCCUAGAGAAUAUGCUGGUGAUUUAAAUGUUAAUUUUACAGCACUAUGGGCACUUAUGGAAAGAUUUUCCAUAAAGGAUUCAAUAUAACUAUAGAUAACCACACACUAAGCCCAUUAGACUAAGGGAUUUUUGUCAUUCUAGCUCAACUUAUUGAAGAAAAUAACUGACAUUAUGCAGAUGAAAAGCAGGAAGCAAACGUUGGAGAGACAUAAUUAUAAAUAUACAUCAAAUAUAUUCUUGUACAGAAUUUCUAAGCGAUGUGCUGGAGGAGAUUAGGAGUUACCAACUGCUUCUUGCGGUGGAUAAGAAAUACUUGCUCCACCAUAAAAGGAAAACCAAGAAAUCCCAGACAGGAAUCAAAAGAUAUCCUUCUGUGGCAAAAGGAACACACCUGUGUUCCUAAGGAAAUUAUUUCCUUCCGGUUGUCUGUUGUUUUGCUUUUUUUUUUCUCUUUUAACCAGUCAUUAUCUUCUAUGUGUACAUUUCACUAAGUCACCAAACUCCACCCAAAAUUGAUUUCUCAUAGCACAACCCGGGUAACUUGUCUAGUUUCAGUGUUACUGCACCAAGAGACAAUCUGUGUUUUAGGGGAUGAAAAACAUCCCCUAACACAAGUAACAAAGAAAGAAACAAGCAAAGAAACAAACAAACCAAAAAAAAAAAAAAAAAAACCAAAAAAAGCGUAACUUUCUUGUGGAUAAAAUUAGAUAUAAGCUCCAUAAUUGUGUAACUUAAAAUUAUAAUUUAUGAGUAAAACGUGUGUGUAAAAUGUUGUAAUAUAAGCUUCUGGAAAAAAAAAACUUAAAAAAAAAAACAACAAAAAAAACCACCCUAUGUUCCAAUUGGUAGUGAGGAUUUCACUGGAUAUUGAGACACCGUCUCUCUAUGUGCCCAGCAGGUAUAAGUAGCUUUGUGACUGUAUAUUUAAUUUCACUGAUUUCAGCCUAUUGAGAUGUUUGAUUUUAGUUAGUAGAAGAGCUUCACAUGUAAACUCGGAAUUUAAUCAACAAAUUUGCAAAAUAGCAGAUGGCAGGUGUUUCUUUUUUCUUCCUUCUUUAUAUUUUUCAGUACUAUAGAGAGAGAUUUGUGGUACACUGGUUUCCAGUCCCAUGCGAAUCCUGAAAAAGCAAUGUGAAUCCUUUGGAAACUGACGCACAGUAGCUGUAACUUUACAUUCUUCAGAUAAAAUGGAAUGGCCAAUUGGAGUGAGAGAGGUAGAAUAGGACCACCUAUAGCUAUUGACAGCUGUUUUCUUAAUGAACAACAACCAGAACAGACAAAACAAAGUCAUUUCCCAGGAAUUUCUGAGUCUGGGCUAAAUGUUUGGAAGCUUAUUUGAAUCUUAUAGUGCAUAUGACACGAACAGAUAUCAUGCAUAGUUGUAAAGGCCAAUAGAAAACAAAUCUAGAACUACAAAAUUCCCAUGGCAUUUCCAAAUCUUUUUAUCUCAAAAUGCCCCAUGUUCAAUAAAGAUCAUUUAAAUAAUAAGCUAAGAACAUAAACUAGAAUCUUGGUCACUAACGGUGCAUGUCUUUAACAGACUCCAGUGAUGCCUGGAAAUAACCUAAUGUCAAACACUUGGUUCUCCAUCAUGAAGAGAUACUACCAAAUUCUCACUGACUCCAUCAUGACAAGUACUUUCCCUUCUAAGCUUAGAAAAUAUAACAAAUUGCAUCUGUUAGCCAGAGGCACAAAUUUAACUUGGGUUUCAUGACUUUUAAGGGAUGCUGAGAACUUAGCACUUGGAGAACCAUGAAAAUAAUUCAAAGGAUGGGAAAAAAAAACCAAGACCUAAUAGAAGAGGAAAAGAAUUAGGACUAAAAGUCAAUUAUAAAAUAACACAUCAGAAAUAUGGCUAAUUGCCCCACAUCAACAAAGAAUAGAAAAAAGAAUAGAAACAAGUCAUCUUUAUCUUAAACAGAAGGUAUGUGUCAUAUAUGUACAUAUUAUAUGAAAACCUGAAAAGUAGGGUUAUUUCAUGUGUAAUCAAGGGAAGCUAUUUAAUCUCCAUCCCUGAAGCUUUGGAUACUCACUCACCCUUCUAGAGGUAUAGGGAUGGGCUACAUGAACUCUGAAGGUCAUUGACAGCUCUCCGAUCCUACAAAAGGAUUUAGGGAGUUAGAGAAAGGGUUCGUUUUCGUUUGUUUUCCAGAGAUUUUGAUUUGUUAUUUCAUCAGUGGGUAAACUCCCUAAUGCAGAUCCACGACUCAUCUUUAAUAGAUUGGUAGUUGUCUGGAGCACCGAGAAGCUAAUUGGCCCGGAGUCAUAGCCAGUUUGCAUCAGUUGCAGGACUCAUUCCCUAGUUCUCCUGAUUGUAGAACUGCUCCCCCCUACUCCCUCUCCCUGGUACCCUUGUUGCUACUGCCUGUCUGGAUUAUUUCGUAUAUGUCAAAAGACUAGGCCCCCUACUCUAUAACUGAAACAGGGUAUGUUGAAGCUGGCAUCAGAGCAGCUUUAACAAAAGGCAGACAUGUGAGUUCAGGUAUUCUGUCCAGUGCAUGAUUGGACCAAGUUUCUACUCAAUCAGGCAUUUUUGACUUAAGUGAAAUCAUUUUCCAGUGAGAACUUGAUAGCAGCCCAGAUUAGGAGAGGCGCCAUCCAUGGGAAUUUAUCAGUGUGAGAAUAAUUUAAUCCUGACACUCACUUUACUAACAGAUGAAAUGGUUCCCACUUAGGAGGGAAGAGAGGAAGAAUUACUUCUUUAAAAAAAAACAAAACAAAUAUUGAGAUAUCUUUCAAUUUCAUCUGCAAAUAGACCCAUCAGAAGAACAACUCUGCAUGAUAAAGUCUUUCUAAAAUAACUUUUCCCCAAUGUUUGGCAAUACAGAUCCAAAAUAAAUUUGAUUACAUGAUGAUUAUAUAGUUUAUUCCUAUAAUAACACACAGCCAAUAGGGAGCAUAUGUAAGACUGUGCCUAUCCACUAGAAUCUUAUACCAAGAAUGUAUACAUCCUUUAAACUUUUUUUUCCAAUUUCAGCAAAUGCUGUGUCAGUGUCUUAAGAACUAAUAUCAGUAGACUUCUAUAUGAUGUAUAACUAUUAUCUAAGAUCUAGAAGCAAUUUAGUGAGUGCACAAAGUGUACAUUUUUGUGUAGUUUAUUUAGAAACUUGAUAGUUUACUUUGAAUUAUGUGAAUUUAUGGAGCUAAAACAAUUAUAUCUAUGUUAUAACAAUAAGCUAAGUAAUUAACUUUGUUAUUGUGUAUUAUGGUAACAAAAGAAACAAACCUUGCCUUCCUAAACAAACAUUUGUCACACCAUAUUUAAAACAGUAAAAGAAACAUGCAAAAUCCACCAAUUUGCAUUUCUAAAUUAUCCUGAUAAAGGAAAACUAUCCUGCCUUACUUUUGAAGAAAUUGAUUGGUUUCAAAUCAUGAAGAUUUCAACCUAAGUUUCUUUUUUUUUAAGUUAAAUAUACAUAUGUUUCUAUUUAACCACAUAUACAUGCAUCAUACUGUUCAUAAUUUUUCUUAGGUCAUUUUGUUACUUGGAAUUUUUAUUUUUCUUGCAUAAGAAAAAUUAUUUUAUAAUUUUCAUUAAAAUGUUUCUAGGCCCAUCACAAAUUCUUUUUAGAAAAUACAUUUCCAUUUCAAGAUAGCACAAGUGGUUCAGAAAACCUGGAAGCAAAAACAGUACAAAACAUGCAAAGAAAUACUGAUUACAUUAUGUGCCAAUGAUUACAUCAGAGGAAUUCGGUAUGAAGGUCUCAAAAAGGGUUUUUCAUUUACAAUAGUUUUUAUAAACAAACCAUCAAUGGAUUCAUAGUAAAUACAACAUUAAAACAAAAUCUGACAACCAACAUUUACCAGCACAAACGGUAUCAAAGAGGCUGGUGUUAAGUAUGUGUGUGUGCAAAAAUAAAUUUUUAAAGAUUUGAAGGCAAAGAAUUUAUGUGUUUAACUUACAAAAAUAUUGUGUGUGAAUUAUGUUAUACAUAAUUAUGAUAUUUGGAAAAUUUUUGAAAUAUAUAUUUAUGUUUGUAUUUUGGGCAAAUUCUUUGUGAUUAUUUUACAGGAUCUGAAUGCGAACAGUGUGUGUACCGAAGCAGCUUUAACCAUACUAUGGAAGUAAGCUAGGUGGAUACUGUAUGGCCUAGGCUAGCAGUGUAAAGUCCCGAAGUAACUCUGUAGAAGUAGUUCUAUUUCAGGUUCUGUAUAGCAUGAUGUCUUAUAAUUAACAUAAUUAUUAAUAAACUUAUUCCAUAAAGCAAAAA